UUUCCUCUUUUCUCUCAUUACCUCGUUUGAUUUCUCGCUCAAGUUUCCACCUUUUUGCUAGAUUCUCAAUCCAUUACCCAAUUCCUUCGUGGCUUGGAACCCAAUUUAGGUUUUCAUUUGUGGGUUUUGCCAAUUUUUGAAGUGCUGAAAAUUCCAAUUUUGAGUAGAAUUUUCGGUUCCAGGAGAGAGUUCAAUUCCACGUUCUGGGAAAUGGGUCUGUGAAAUCCUUCUGGGUUUUCAAAUUUGAGAGAAAAAUUAAUUUUUUUGAUUCAAUUUUGGAUUUUGGCAACUGGGUCUGUGUGAGAAUGCCCGCUACCACGGAAUAUCAAGGUUCUGUUCUGAAUCUACGUGGCACUCAGGUUCACUCCAUGGAAGGUUCAAGCUUGGAGCAAGAGCUUGAUUCGUUUCAGAAACUGGUCGCUGACCGGUUCCUGGAGCUAUCUUCAGUUGAAAAUGAUGAUUUGCUUUCACUCUCAUGGGUUAGGAAGCUCCUUGAUUCGUUCCUCUGUUGUCAAGAGGGAUUCAGAAUGAUUCUCCACAACCACAAGGAACAGGUUUUGAAACACCCUUUGGAUCGCAUGGUGGGUGAUUUUUUUGAGCGUAGUGUGAAGGCACUUGAUGUGUGCAACGCAAUCCGUGAUGGGAUUGAACAGAUUAGGCAAUGGGAGAAGCUGUUGGAGAUUGUUUUAUGUGCUUUGGAUCACAAUAGGAGCAUUGGUGAAGGUCAAUUUCGUCGUGCCAAGAAAGCACUUGUUGAUUUGGCCAUUUCCAUGCUUGAUGAUAAGGAUUCAAGUUCUUCUGUACCACAUAGAAACAGGUCGUUUGGUAGAAACACUGCUAGCAGGGAUCAACACCAUAACAACCAUCAACGUGGAUCAUUGGGUCAUUUUCGAUCACUUUCUUGGAGUGUCUCAAGAAAUUGGUCUGCUACAAGGCAACUACAAGCAAUUGGGAACAACUUGUGUACUCCUAAGGCUAACGAUCUUGUGGCCUCAAAUGGCAUAGCAUUGCCUGUUUAUACAAUGAAUUCGAUUCUUUUGUUUGUGAUGUGGGCUCUUGUGGCUGCAAUUCCUUGCCAGGACCGCGGAUUACACCUCCAUUUUUCGAUUCCGCGGCAGUUUUCGUGGGCUGUUCCGGUGAUCUCACUCCAUGAGCGGAUCAUGGAGGAGUCCAAGAAAAGGGAGAGGAAGAAUUCUUGUGGUUUGAUGAAAGAGAUUCAUCAGAUUGAGAAAUGUGCUAGGGUGAUGAAUGAGUUGGCUGAUUCAGUGCAGUUUCCAUUGAGUGAUGAGAAAGGAGAGGAGGUUAGGCAGAGAGUGAAAGAGGUUUCACAUGUUUGUGAAGCCUUGAAAGAUGGAUUGGACCCUUUGGAACGCCAAGUGAGAGAAGUGUUUCAUAGAAUUGUGCGUGGAAGAACAGAGGGGCUUGACUCUAUUGGUAGAGAGUAAAAUCAUCAUUUUAUGUUUUUGAUGCUCAACAUUACAAGUUGAGAUUGUAGCUUGAUUUUGCUUCCAUAGAGAACUGAAAAAUAAUGAAAAACCAAGAAGAAAAAAGAGGGUGAAGGCUAAGGCUAGUGAUUUGAAUUGAAGAACAUGAAAACAUUAUGUAUCUAUGAAAAACAUAAAAUGUACACAGCACAUUUGAAGUGGACCUUUGUGGUCUAAGCUGUUUCAUUUUCUUCCUUUUUAUUCUGGUCUUGUGAUGUCGCUUAUUGUAUAAUCAAUUUUCUCAAUGAUUUGCUGCAUCAGCUGAUUUUGUUCAUGAGUAUGUAUUAGAUACACUUUCCUUACGGGGCUCCUAUACUUGCAAACAUGACUCUAAAUUACGUGGUUCUGGUCGUUGCAAUUGCAGCUUCUGUGAUGUGUUCAGGAAUUGCCAAUGUAUUUGGUAA